AGCAACAAGGAAGUAUGACGGAAGCAAACGUCAAGUACGGGGUUGUCAUCUCUAAAGGUCCAAAUCCCAGUGUAAUGUCUAGGAUCAGUCAUGGCAGGAAGGAUCCAGCAGAAGAACCAGUCUGCGGUGAUCCGCAGCCUCAGGCGGUUCAGAGAGAGAUUCUUUUCAAACAGUGGCCAAGUUGGAAAAGAGGACUUGGAGCACGUAGACACGGCGGAAGAGCCACUACCGGGAUUUCUGUAUAACUUACCGGUGGACGUACAGUUCCUGAUCAUGACCCUUUUGUCUCCCGCGGAUAUCUGCUGCCUUGGAGCCACCAGUCGCUACUGGAGGGCCAUGGUUAGAGAUCCAUUACUGUGGAGAUACUUCCUGCUCAGGGACAUGCCUCACUGGCCCUCCAUUGAUCAUGUGAGCAUGCCCCACCUGGAGUUGUUGGAUGCCCCACUGAUCAAUGAAGAUGAGAGCCUGGAUGAUAGAGAAGAGGGGGACAACAAAGUGAUGGAAUUGAAAUUUGACUACAUGUCUGAAUACCUUAAAGGCUGUCCAUCUUCCAGACAACAAUGGCUUCCUUCACGGCCGGCAUACGAGGUUGUGACCUCAUUUCUUCAGUCUCUGGUGCCCUCAUCUGAGCCACGUUAUGCCAUGUUUGGCCCUGGCAUGGAGCAGCUGGAUGUCUCUUUAGUCACAAGGCUCAUGCAUGCCCCAGAUGUGCUUCCUGUGUCAGGCACUCCUCACAGACCAAUAAAUAGUAUUGGCUCAGGGAUCAGUUACAUGUUCAACAACCAACACAAAUUUAAUAUCCUGACUCUGUACUCAACCAAUCGGGCAGAGAGAGAAAUAGCCAGAGUGCAGCAGCAGAGCUUCAGUAAUAAACUGUUUAGCUUUGAAGGAUCAGAUGACUCGGGCUGUCCGAUCUACAGCCCUGCUCCUCAGGUCCAGCAAGUGUGCCAGGUGGUGGAUGGUUUCAUCUAUGUAGCCAAUGCAGAGCCUGGUAGAGGUGAGGGGGAGUCUGAGGUGGCUCAGAUUCGGGCUGUGCUGAGCUCUGCCGAGGGUUCAGCAUCCAGGCCUCUGCUGGUGCUCUCCUGUGUCUCCAGAGAAGAACCAGAAGAGGUCAGGAGUCUGCAAACCAGCAGAAACAGGACCAGGUGUCGCACCCCCUGUGUCGACGUAGCAAAAAGACUCGGCCUAGCCCAGCUGGCUAACCCCUGGAUGGUGCAGGAUACCGUAGCAGAAUCCCUGUCAGGUCUUCUGGAUGGCAUUUCCUGGUUGCUGAGAUGUUCUGGAGUCAAGCUCUAUGGCAGCUAGUGUCGAACUUCUGCUGCUGGCGCCAGAUGAAUGGAAGCCACAGAUUGCGUUGCUGCGUCAUUCUGACACCAAGACUACGGAAUUUCCUAAGUAAUGUAUACCAUAUGUGCACUGAACGUCUCAUGGUUGGUGCACUGCCUUUGGGAACUGGAUCAGCAGCAGAACUAACGGGUUUCUAACUAUAACUAAUGACCAUCGGACACUGCGUGCACUUGUUAGACGUUAUUUCCUGCGUGAAGUGUGCUGCGCUGA